UUGUUGUGCGUCAAGUCCCUGUCCGCCUCCCCCCCACCCCCCACCAUCACUGCUCCACAGAGGAAGAAAGGGGAGAAGAGUUACCUGUAGAGAACGCUGUGAGUGUAGUUUAAUUUGUAUCGAAUCUUAUGAUAAUAAUAGUUUAGGUUCAGUCUGUGCCUGCCUGGCUCUUUAUAAGGAGUACCCCCUGCCCCGGCAUUAGUUUUCACAAAUAUGAGCGGCAGUGGGCGGCCCAGGACCAGCUCAUUUGCUGAGCCUCCAGGAGCUAUCGGAGCUGCUGCACCCAGUGCCGGAUCGGCAGUAGCCGGAGGAAGCUCGGCAGGAAAAACUGGGGCUUCACAGGCCAGUGGAAGCAGUUCGACGAGCUUCGGGAAUUUGAAACUAUCCAGAGACAGUGGCAAGGUGACGACAGUGGUAGCCACCCCUGGACAAGGUCCGGAUCGCCCACAGGAAGUGUCCUACACUGACAUCAAAGUCAUUGGCAAUGGCUCCUUCGGCGUCGUCUACCAGGCCCGCCUCAUCGACAGCCAGGAAAUGGUGGCCAUCAAGAAGGUUCUCCAAGACAAGCGUUUUAAGAACCGGGAACUACAGAUCAUGAGGAAGUUGGACCACUGCAACAUCGUCCGGCUACGGUACUUCUUCUACUCCAGCGGAGAGAAGAAAGAUGAAGUAUAUCUGAACCUGGUGCUGGACUUCGUCCCGGAGACGGUGUACAGAGUGGCCCGGCAUUUCAACAAAGCCAAGACCACCAUCCCAAUUAUCUACGUCAAGGUAUACAUGUACCAGCUGUUCCGCAGUCUGGCUUAUAUCCAUUCCCAGGGCGUGUGUCACAGAGACAUCAAGCCCCAGAACCUGCUGGUGGACCCGGAGACCGCCAUCCUCAAACUCUGUGACUUUGGCAGUGCCAAGCAGCUAGUCCGCGGCGAGCCCAACGUGUCCUAUAUCUGCUCACGGUAUUACCGCGCCCCCGAGCUCAUCUUCGGCGCCACCGACUACACAUCCAACAUCGACAUCUGGUCCGCCGGCUGCGUGCUAGCAGAGCUGCUGCUGGGACAGCCCAUCUUCCCCGGGGACAGCGGGGUGGACCAGCUCGUGGAGAUCAUCAAGGUGCUUGGGACUCCGACGAGAGAGCAGAUUCGAGAAAUGAACCCGAAUUAUACAGAGUUCAAAUUCCCACAGAUCAAAGCACAUCCCUGGACUAAGGUGUUUAAGCCCCGCACCCCGCCUGAAGCCAUCUCGCUAUGCUCCCGCCUGCUGGAGUACACGCCGGUCACCAGGCUGUCCCCGCUGGAGGCCUGCGCGCACGCCUUCUUCGACGAGCUGCGCCAGCCCAGCACCCGCCUGCCCAGCGGCCGAGACCUGCCCCUGCUCUUCAACUUCAGCCCCGUCGAGCUGUCUAUUCAGCCCCAGCUGAACUCAACACUCAUUCCACCUCAUGCUCGCGCACAGACGUCACCUGCCUCACAUGAGGGCAGUGUCUCAGACAGUCCUGCUCUACCCAGCUCAGCACCUGGAUCCAUCAACAACAGCACCUGAGCCUACCUAAUCACGCUGCCUGCCCCCCUUCUCUGGUCUUCCCUCCUUCGUCUUUCCUCUCCUCCUCCACUCUGACCCCUCUCCUCCUCUCCCCCUCCCCUCCGGGCUCCGUACCGCUCAAGAAUAUCCACUCACACAGCACACUCAACGUUUUUCUCUAAUCCCUAGAUGUCAACAGUCUCUGGUGAAAAUGGAUGAUUCAGUGGCGUUGGCCUUAAGGAGAGUCUAGGUGUUUUAAAGUCCUCAAGGUAACCAUUAUCCAGGUUAUUGUAGGUAGGGAUUUUAUGCCUUGUGCGAUACUUGUCUAGCCUGUUGGAAUGAGGAAGAGAAAAAAUGUGGGGCCAGGGGGUAGCAAUGCUAAUCUCUGUGCACAUAUUUGUAUAUCCAAAAGUAGGGAAUCUCUGUAUUUUAUUUGACCACAAUUGACUUUUAUCAACUUUUAUCAACUGUUAUUUAUUCAAAUUAGAUGAUUUUACGUGUAUGUGAAUGGGCCUUGAUUGGCCUGAGUAUGGGAGAUACGGGCCAUGUUUGAGAGGUGAGUGAUAUCGACAAUCAUCCUAGGUAGAAUUGAGGUUUCACUGUGGCGUUGUGGAGUUUGUUCAGGUGUUCCCUCUGCUGAAUGGUGAAUGAAAGAAGAUGGAAAAGGAUAGGUGUUUUAAAAUACAUGGUUUUAUCCUGAUUUAAUACCCAGUGGUAAACGGCUUUGCUGGUGGCCGCUGCAGUGUUUCGACGAGGGGAGACUCAAGGUCUUAAAACGGUGUCCCACCGGAAGAGCGAGCCUGAGUCUAUUGAACGAACCCUUUCUUUCUUCUAAACGUCUUAAUAAUUAUUUUUAGGGAAAUGCAAGGAUUAAUGAGGCACCGGUAUUGCCGGCAGUUUUGGUAAACCCAUCCAUCGUCCGGAGUGGAGGCAGUGAGACCCAGAGACCCUUGCUCUUCAACCCGCGCACAGACUUGUUGCAAUGGGGGAAAGUGACGUAUUACAAUUAUCUACUUGUGACAAGCAGUACUACAUUUGUCGCUCCUAUUAGGGUUCCACCUUGUCCCAAUUUUUUUUUGUUUAGCUUAUUUAAUUUCUUAUAACUACACACCCCACCCCAAAAGAAAAAUACUGCACCGCUACCUCGGGAGCAGUACUUAACCUUCACACCGCCACAGAUAUGCAUGUUUACCCAAGAUGAUCAAUAAGCUCCACUGGCAGAUAUUAGUCUGAUCAGAAACAUAUGCCGCCCCCUUCUCAGAAAAAUGCUACGCCACCAUUUCUAGGAGCCUUCCCCCUCUCAUUCCUCCUACGUCCUUCUUUCCCCCUCUUUCUGUCACUGCUAAACUGUAAAUAUCAAGUACCUUUUAUUUUGUUAUUAUUAUUAUAUUGUAUUUUUUGGUUUUGUUUCCUCUAAUAGACAAGUCUCAGUCUGUAAAUAAGAUUUCAUUUCUGUCCCUGGUUUAGGAGAGGAAACCGAACAAAAAUGUUUCUCUCAAUUUUAUUCUCUCUCCCUCCAUUUCUAUAUUUCGGCCCUCGCUCGCCCCCUCCUCAGCCCCUCCACUGAAAUGUUUUCAUAAUCGUUUAUAUUUAUUGUAUAGUAUUCGGCGGGGUGUUUUUUUGUUUUGUUAUUUUAAUGAUCAACCAGAGGUAGGUUGGGCUUUAGUUUAAUUGUAUUUGUUUUUAGUCCAACAUUGUCACAUGUAAAUGUUCCAACAUCCAAGAUACUGUACUUUAGAUCCAGACAUUGGAGUGUCCUUCCAGUUCAUGGUUGUGUGUGUGUAUGUAUAUAUUUAUAUGUACACACGGGUACACCUGCUAGCCUAUAGGCGCAGCUAUAGGUCUCUGUCUAACUUCAAUGUGAAGGGAAUGUUUAAUGCCAUGGGUCCAUAGGGUUAUGGUGGUGGUGUUGGGGAGCAAGACAGGGUCAUCACACUAGGGAUGAGCCCUGGCGCCAUUGCUGUGACUGGGGGAUCCGGGGGGGGGGGGGCAGAAACAAAUGAUUGUCUUGUGACUUGAACCAUCUCCUCGUCUGACUGACCCCCUCCUUCUCUGUUCUCAGUACGAGUAUGACUGCAAAUGUUAGGCUGUGUUACUUUGUUGUGCGAGUCUGACAAACAAUAGGUGACUGAUGGCGUGUGGAUGGUCGCGUGUGUGGAUGUUUAAGUAAACUGAGGGGACAUACUUCAUGCCCUUGAUGUCUUUUUUUUUUCUCCACAAAAGAGGAAUGAUUUAACCUUCAUUUAAUUCCCCAACCCGCCCCAUCUGUAAAAUGUUGAUUUUAAUUUGUUGUGAUCCUGCUUUAUUUUCAUUGCCCUUUGCGGAGGGUAAAAAGUCAUAGUUGGGAACAGAACGGUUGUACAAAGGAGAUGAUGGAAAGAGCAAUGGGGGGAGAGAGACUUUUUUUGUUUGUUGGUAUAAAUAAUUAAACUCAUUAAAGUGAUGAAACUGUC